CUCUGGCUUCCUCCUCCGGUGUCGCAGAGCCGCCAUCUUUGUAGCGGAUCAAAACAGUUAAAAUAACUGUUUUUAAACCCCUACCCCCUGCGCGUGAACACCUAGCGAACACCUGGGGAACAGCUGUCACAUCUGGUGAACACCUGACACGAGAAGUCGCGGGAACCCACGAGAGAAGAAGGUUACACCCUGACUUCCGGGAGGGUACGGGCCUUCUGUCGAGUAACUUGUCGCAGUAAACAAACCCCGGGGGGAACGACAAACCGCAGCGGCGCCUGACGCCUCCGUUCACCGCCUGACGCCUCGUCGAGGAGCUCGUGAACCUUCCGGAGCUGCUGUCUGAAACUCACAGCGGGGACUCAAGCACGAACCCCCGCACACCGAGCAGCUCGUCCCGCUAGCCCGGCUAGCAUUAGCCCGAGAGGAGGGGAGCUCCGGUGCUGUCCGGCUCCGAACUGCCCCGGACACGAUGUCGUUGGUUGACCUGGGGAAGCGUCUGCUGGAGGCGGCUCGUAAAGGUCAGGACGAUGAGGUCAGGAACCUGAUGGCCAACGGAGCGCCAUUCACCACCGACUGGUUGGGGACAUCCCCCCUCCACCUGGCCGCUCAGCACGGUCACUACUCCACCGCCGACGUCCUGCUGAGAGCUGGCGUCAGCAGAGACGCCCGCACCAAGGUGGACCGGACGCCACUGCACAUGGCGGCGGCCGAGGGUCACACCAUCAUCGUGGAGCUGCUGGUCCGGAGUGGCGCCGACAUCAACGCCAAGGACAUGCUAAAGAUGACGGCGCUGCACUGGGCGGCUCAGCACGGUCACAAUGGCGUGGCUGAGACACUCAUCAAGCACGGGGCUGACGUCCACUCGCUCAGCAAGUUCGACAAGUCCCCAUUCGACAUCGCCGUCGACAUCCAGAACACGGAGCUGAUGCUGCUGCUGCAGGAGGGCAUGCAGAACCAGGUGAACAUGAACCAGGUGAGUAUGAACGUGGAGACGAGCAGCAACAAUCAGCCUCAGUUCAUCAUCCAGGGGAUUCCUGCCUUACAGGGGGGCGUGGUCAACCUGGCUGAGCUGCUCAACAAGGCCAACGCAGGAGACUCAGAGGAGGCGAUGGCCGCCAGCGCUCUAGACUCCAACAUCCAGCAUGCCACUGUGGUGAACGAGGGGGGUCAGAGGGUCAUCACCAUAGUGACGGACCAGCACGGCAACCUGCAGACGACCGGGGGGAUGUCUCAGCCGUUCUUCGUGACCAUGCAGCACGGGCAGCAGAUGCUGGCGGUGCCGGCCAACACAGUGACAGAAGAGGUGGUGACGGAGGAGCCUCAGCCCCCCCCCUCCAGGAAGAGGAAGCUGGAGGUGAACAACCACAACGACACGGGAGAGACGGAGCUGUUGCAGAGGCAGCUGCAGGAGGCCAACAGGAAAGCUCAGGAGUAUCGUCAGCAGCUGAUGCGUAAGGAGCAGGAGGCGGAGGAGUAUCGCAUCAAGCUGGAGGCCAUGUCUCAGAGUCAGGCCAACAGCGCCGGGGCCAACACCGCCGCAAACGCCGCCGCCAGCCCCGAGGAGGUGGUGGGAGGGGAUGAGGACGAAGAAGAGGGGGCCGCUGGCGUGGUGGAGGAGGAGGGCGAGAUGGUGGUGCUGCAGGAGGGAGGCAUCAUCAUGGAGGGGGAGGAAGGUCAGGUGACCCUGGUGGAAGCGGGGGGAGAUACCACGGAGGUCAGCUCCUAACAGAGAGGGAGGGGGAGGUGGGGGGGGGGAGUUCACCAAUAGAGUGAUGAGUCUGAGUCAGGUGGUUUUAAAUGUGUGCGCCAUUUUGAAUCCGCAUAAGUUUGGAUACAACAGACUCAUCAACCAUCACAGCUGAAUCCCUGAAGCACGAUGACGUCCCUGAACACAACAUGGGCGUCAUGGUAAUCCGACAGACUGAAACAGACACAACCCGACGGUGGAGUUCAGUCAGGCGCCAUUUUGUAUCCCUGAAUGAUUUAAUGAAUACGUCAGAGAGGACCAGCAGGAUGGAACAAAUGUGACAAAAUGGUUUCCCAACAAAGACUGAAAAACGACGGAGGAACAUUGUCAGGCGCCAUUUUGAAUCCUUUCAAGAACCGGAAAGUCGUUGUGACUGAUGCUCCCUGAGGGGGAGACAAUAUGGCGGCUGCAGGUGGGAGUGAACCUGGGUUGGACCUCAGGAGGCAAAUUCAUUUUCUUGUUUUUUUAUUUGAAUCAUAAUCAGUGACGUCAUGGGACGUUUGUGUGAAAUCAGUGAUUUUCAUAAAGGUUUUGUCUGAACGUGUUUUGGACACUUUGUUUUUCUA